AUGCCCCCCGCCGGGGCAGGGGAGACGGGGUGGGCGCCCUCUGAACGACCACGGGCCGCCCUGAUGGGAAAGACAUGGGGGUGGUUUGUGCUUGGGAGGAGCGCGGGGAGGCAGGCGAAGUGCGGGCACGAGGCGCGAAAAGGCAUGGCCCGCGUGGGGCCGGUUCGGCGCGGCGUUUCCGACCCCCGCGGGUGCCAGAUCGCGAAUUCGCGCCACGGUAGUGUCGGUCAAAUUGCGAUAUGGGCCGCAAAUUGUUACUCUAGACUGAACGAAACGGACUUGCGGCCCUGCACCGUUCCAGCUCAAGACCGGUCGGCGGCGGUCAGGGUGGUGGAGGGGCGGGGAACAGGGC